ACUCAUCAUAGCCAUAGCAAAAGAGUGAAGUGAGCUUUGAUCUUCUUCUCUCUCGUCGCACAAACCUCUUUUUGCUCAGUGCAACUUGAUCCCUCCUAAGCCUAUACACUAGCAUUGUACUUUUUGUGCACCGAGUAUAUCACACAUGCAUUCAUCUACCAAACCCACCGCCUUGGCGGCGGCAUCGGUGGCCGCCGUCUUAGCGUCACUGCCUUUGGUCAAUGCUCUACCUCGACCUCAGACCAGUGAUGCCGCUGCUGCUGCCACUACUGACGGACCGUAUCCUUUUCUCCCAUUCCCCAAUGUGACUCGCAGCGAGGUCUGGGGCGAUUGGAAGACGACAACCACGACAACCACGACGACGACAUCUUCCACUACUUCGGAAGUUUGGGGUGACUGGACAUCAUCAUCAACAACAACACCGGUUGCAUCAACGACUACUUCAGAAGUCUGGGGCGAUUGGACAUCCUCAACCACAACUCCAGUCACAACAACAACGACGACGUCUCAAGUCUGGGGUGAUUGGACUCCUAGCUCUACCACGACAACUCCAGUUGCACCCACUACAACUUCUGAAGUCUGGGCCGACUGGACGACCACGACGCCGACCCCAGUUUCUUCCACUACAUCCGAAGUGUGGUCAGACUGGACAACUACCACCACCACCACCGCCACAUCAACAACGACGUCUGAGGUUUGGGUCGAUUGGACCACAAGCACCACUACGACUCCCGUUGCACCAACAACCACUUCCGAGGUCUGGAUUGACUGGACGACCACUCCAGUGGUGACAACGACUUCCGAAGUCUGGGUUGAUUGGACCACCACGACGACUCCUGUUGCACCGACAACGACGUCUGAAGUUUGGGGAGAUUGGACUUCAACCACGACUCCGGUUGUACCAACGACAACAUCUCAAGUUUGGGGAGACUGGACCUCAACCACCACGACUCCAGUGGCGCCAACCACGACGUCCGAGGUCUGGGGAGACUGGACAUCGUCGACCGUCACCACAACUACUUCAACAAGCUCUGAAACAUGGGGUGACUGGACCUCCUCAAAGACCACCUCGGUCCCCAGCGCCUCCACCAAAUCAACAGCCGCAGCGUCCACUUCUGGAGUUUGGACAACCAGUUCGUCAGCCAAGGCCAGCUCGACAGUCGUUCCCCUCGCUCCGGCGGCAGCAACAUUCACGGGCGCCGCGAGCAAUCUCAAGUCCUCCACCACGGGAGUGACGGGCAUCUUCAUGGGAGCGGUUCUCGCAGUCGCUGCUCUGAUCUAGAGUGAACACUUUUCACAUGACGGAGUACAUCAUCGGAGAUGGUUGUGCUCCAUCCAAACAUUUCUCUUACGGUGUAGGAACGAGGCAACGAGGUACAUGGAUCAACGGAACAGAAAGGGAGACAAGUCAAGAUUUUUUACGGAAAUAUGCCUUUUUAAUAAUCAUUCGACAAAACAAGGAGGGAUUUUUACUUUCACACAGAUGAGAAUGGCGGAUAUGAUAUAUGAUCGGUACUCCGUACAAGGGAGGUAAUUUAGAUGCUUGAUGAUUCAGUGCCAAAAUACUAGAUAGUUUAGAAUAUGUAAUUACAACGAUAACAUACAAAAAAUAA